UGCAGGCUGUUAAAGCACACACUGAAUACCAGUUAGGAUAUCCACAGCAUGUUGUUCUUCAUUAGUGUUUAAAAGAGUUUAUUUCGGUUUCAGUGAGCAGUUACUGUAGCCUUUUAUGACUGGUUUAAAGUGUUGGCUAGACGGGAGGUGAAAACAUGACUGCCAAUGAAGAUCAGGAGUGCAGAUGGAGUUGGAGGCUCUUCGGUCAAUCUAUGAAGGAGAUGAAUGCUUUAAGGAGCUGAGCCCAGUGUCCUUUCAGUUCAGGAUAGGAGACCUUGAUAAUUCCAAAUCAUUUCUGCUAGAAGUUUCAUGGCCAGAGACCUAUCCUGAAUCUGCACCCCACAUAUCAUUAGAUGCCUUUUUCAACAAGAAACUAUGCCUGGAGACAAAGCAGUACAUUAUCUUAAAGCUGGGUGAACAGGUAGAGGCCAACCUGGGCACGGCCAUGAUGUACACGCUCUUUGAGUGGGCCAAAGAGAACCAGGAAACACUCAUGGAAAACCACCAACCUGUGACAUCUUCAGUGGCGCUGGUAUCCAACAGUGAUAUCAUGAAUAAUUCCAACUCUGUCAGUAAGAAGAAAGAGAAGAAAGAACAACUAACCAAAGCACAGAAGCGGAAACUGAUUGGAAGAACAGAUAAUAAGGGAGAACUACCAAGAGGAUGGAACUGGGUAGAUGUUGUUAAGGUAAGGUAAAAUUGUAAGAUUUAAUGCAAAUGUCAAUUGACAUUUGUAAAUAAGAGUGCACAGUCUUAUAAGUUUCUGAUAAAGUAAAACAUUUUGUUAGAUAUUGUCUGUUGGUAACUCUGCUAUACCUUGUUUCUUUUUUACAUGGGGAUCGUGUCCAUAUGUUGCAAUAUUUCUGCCCAUCAAACAGCAUCUGAGCAAGACGGGAGGAAAAGAAGAAGAUUAGAGAGAUGCCUGUGAAGGAAAGAUGGAUUGAAGUAGUGCUGGAUGAAUGUAUGGAUGAAAUGUGUCUCUGUGCACUUAUUUUUAAUGGAAGCUAAAAUGAAUUCUCUCUAGUCAUAAUUUAAAUGCAUCUGAAGCUGCUGCUCUUUCUGUGCCACAGAGUCAAUGUUAUACUGAAUGCAAAGAACAGAGCUCAGCAGUCACAAAUACAUGUGUGCUCUGAGCCACCAGUGGUGGGAGUUACAUUAGCUGAGCGACAUGAAAAUCAUGAGACAUGAGAUUAUGCAGAAGCUGAUGAGAAAACUAACACAAAAGUGAGUGGAAAGCGGUAAAAAAAAAAUAGUUUUGCAGCUAAUAGAACAGUUGGGUGUUAUUUAAUAAAAAUAACAUCAGUGUGAUGUUUCAUAAAGUGACAUUUUCUAAAAAAGAAAAAGGCCCAUAAGUGCGUAUUGGUAGUGUAAAGCGGUGUAUCUGAUUUUAAAUGUGCACUCAGCAAUAUUUUUGUACAUGUAAACAAAAAAUUAUUUUGUACAAUAUUUUUGCACAUGUAAACAAAUAUUUGCUGAGUGCACCUUUAAGUUUUACCUUGGCUGCAAGCAAAAUGCGUUCACUUUUUCACAUCACACGCUAAAUAAAUUUAAUGGGGAGAUGUGUGCUUUUUUUGAGAAAUAAAGCGUUUCAAAGUAGAGUCCUUUGUGGAUAAAACAGUGCCACUGUUAUUUUUGUCAACUUUGUGUGUGAGAGCAUAGCAAAUGUGUCAAGAUAGAUAGACAUUGCUCUGUAAAGAGUACUGUUGUCUCAGGUUUUUUUAUAUAAAAUAAAAGACCUUUUAAUAUUUAACCUUUAUUUAACCAGAAAAGCUCUCUGAGAUUAAAAAUCUCUUUCACAGGAGUGUCCUGGCCAAAAUGUGCAGCAGUACAAUCAGUUCCAUCACAGAUAAACAUCACACAGACAGAUUAAAAAACAUUUAAGAGCAAUUGCAUAAUGUUAGAUCAGCUUCUAUUCGCCGGAUAACUGUUUUAAAACGGUCUAGAGUCAGCAGAUUUUCUAAUUUUAAUUUAGAUUGGAGGAGAUUCCAAUCAAACGGCGCUGCGUACAUAAAAGACUUCUUACCUAACUCAGUUCGAGUAAAAGGAACAGAAAGAGUAUAGAAGUUUUGAACGAAGAGAAUAAUUCUUGAUAAUUUUCUGCUGCAUAAAACAACAGAGAUAAGAAGGCAACAACCCCAAGAUAGCUUUGUAAAUAAUUAAGUACCAGUGCAUUUUUCUUCUGGUAGACAGAGAAGGCUAACCUACUCUAUGGUACAAGGUGCAAUGAUGGGUUGAAGAUUUACAAUUUGAUAUGAACCUUAGGGCACCAUGAUAAACGGCAUCUAAGGAAGAAAGAAGAUAAGAAGGUGCAAACUGAUAUACAACAUCACCAUAAUCAAGGACAGGGAGAAAAGUAGCAGAGACUAAUUUAUUUUUUACAUUAAAAGAGAAGCAAAACUUGUUCCUGUAAUAAAACCCAAGCUUAAUUUUCAGUUUAUUCUUCAGUUGAGUGAUAUGAGAACUAAAAGAUAAGGCAUCAUCAACUAUGAUGCCUAGAUAUUUAUACUCUUUUACUAAUCCAAUCACUGUACCUUGAAAUGUGUGAAGAGAUACUGAAUUAUUUUCAGGUUUUUUUGAUUUGGAAAAUAACAUAUACUUGGUUUUAUCGGUAUUCAGAACAAGUUUUAAACUGUGAAGCCUUAACUGAAUAAUAUUAAAGGCUGACUGAAGCUUAGACAAGGCUUGCUGUCCGGAGGAAGCGCUGCUGUACACGACAGAAUCAUCGGCAUAAAAUUGAAAGUUCGCAUCCUGAAUGUCAUAAUCAAGGCUGUUUAUAUAAAUGGUGAAUAAAAGGGGCCCCAGCACCGAUCCUUGGGGAACACCUUUUGAAAUCUCUAGUGAAUCAGAUUGUUUACCUUCGGCUUGAACACACUGGGUUCUUCCACUCAGAAAAUUUUUAAACCAAGGAAUAGCGUGACUUGAUAAACCAACAACCUUUAAUCUGUGCAGCAAGAUACCGUGAUCCACUGUAUCGAAAGCCUUAGAUAAAUCGAUGAAAAGCGAGGCACAAGAUUCACCAUUAUCCAUUGACCCUACAAUAUCAUUUAAAACUUUCAAAAUAGCCGUUGUAGUAUUUUGUUUUUUACGAAACCCAGAUUGAUUGAUAGACAACACCCCAUUUGCAUUCAAAUAGCAUGUCAACUGUUCACCAAUUAGGCUUUCUAGUAUCUUAGAUAAAACGCAGAGCUUUGAGAUAGGUCUGUAAUUAUUCAUUAUAGUGGGAUCCCCCCCUUUUAAUAAAGGAACAACAAGUGCUGAUUUCCAAAUUUCUGGAAUAACACCAGUGUUAUAACAUAUAACAUUUUUAACA